AUGAGUUGUAGUAAUGAAGCGAUGGUCUUUAAUAUUAUAGUUAAUGAUGACAAACUCAGUAAUGAGCACGAAUAUGAUAGUGGAUAUGAAUAUGGUUUUGGGUACGAAUAUGGUGUUGGGAAUGAAUACAGUAUUAGGAAUAAAUAUCAAUAUGAUAGUGGACACAAAUAUGGUAUUGGUCACGAAUAUGGCAUCAGGCACGAAUAUGGUAAUGAAUAUGGUAGUGGGCACGAAUAUGGUAGUGGGCACGAAUAUAGUAUUGGACACGAAUAUGGUAAUGGGCACAAAUAUAGUAAUUUGAACGAACAUAAUGGUAUGGAUGAAAAUGAUAAUAUGAACGAACAUAAUA